AUACCGAACGAGGUUCGGACUAUAUACUAUACUUGGGCCAAUUUGACAGCAUCUUCAGUAUGGACCAACAUCCCGUUCGAGCAACGGUCAACCAGCAAGUGGCCAGGUGCAGUUAAUGCCAGACUAUGACAUCAGCAAGUGGAAGCAUGGAUGACCAAGUCGGUGGAACAACGGCCAAUCAGCAAGAGGCAGCCCAUGCUCUCCAUUAGUAUAAAUAGAAGGUUUCAAAUCAUUAUGAGCAAUGAACAAUCAACCUCGCGUGCCCGCCCGAACUAUGCGCCCUUAACCCAAGCCGAGCGCAACAACGAAAAUUCGGAAUGAGUGACACCUCACAUGGUUGCUUACGAUCAAGAAGUAUUGAACCAAAUCAAAAUCAUAAUUGGUGGAAACUUUCUUAGCAACUGGGCUACGUACACGGAUGUUGACCUCAAGGUCAGUGAACUUUGGUGGAACCUGUUCAAGGCUCGGUUUUGCUGGACUGAAGAACAAGGCCCCGCUAUUCAUAGGGCGUAUGACGCCAGAGUUUCAAACUGGCUUCAUCCCACUUUUAAGCAUGCCCGAGCCAGUGGGGUAAGGCCUCAAUGGUGUUCGGAUGAGGUGUGGGAAAACCUCGUCCGCCACUGGUCUUCGGAUCUGAC